UUCCGUGAGUGUGAAUCAGCACAACUCAGUAGCCUAAGAGAUGCAUUAGGUAGGCUAAGUUUAAGGUUUAUUAGGUUACAAAGGUAAAAUUAUCGCUUUUGCGCAGUCGUGAUAUUUACUGAACGCCAGGCUUACCAUGGCUGAGGAUUAUUAUAUAAGUAAUGAUGAUGAGAUAAGGGAGAUCAAGGAGGCACUGGAAAACAAGAAGUGGAGUGCAGCGGUGACUAAGAUCCAGGACUACUGUGAGCAGAUUAACCGUGUAGAACUAAAUAUUGCCAUCACGGGAGAGACCGGCUCUGGCAAGUCCACCUUCGUCAAUGCAAUCCGGGGCCUGGAGGACGAAGACGAGGGGGCGGCUCCAACCGGUGUGGUUGAGACGACCAUGGAGCCAACUAUGUACCCCCACCCUAAAUUUCCCAACGUUAAAAUGUGGGACCUUCCCGGGAUCGGGUCACCCAACUUCAAAGCAGAGGAGUACCUUCAAAAAGUAGAAUUCCAACGCUAUGAUUUCUUCAUCAUCAUCAUCUCAGAUCGUUUCAAAAUCAGCAACGUGCAGCUGGCCACUGAGAUCCAGCGCAUGAAGAAGAAGUUCUACUUUGUUCGCUCAAAGAUCGACAGAGACAUACAGUCAGAGCAAAGGAAGAAGGGCUUUGACAAGGAAAAAACACUCAAUUUGAUUCGGCAAGACUGCAUCAAAGGCCUCCAGCAACAUGAACUGGCAUCUCCUUGGGUCUUCCUCAUCUCCAGUUUCCACCUAGAUCUCUACGACUUCCCACAGCUGGAGGAUAAUAUAGAGCAACAGCUGCCUGAUCUCAAAAGGCAUGUCCUCCUGCUGUCGCUGCCCAACAUCACCCUGGACAUCAACCAGAGGAAGAAGAAAACCUUACAAGCCCACAUAUGGAAGUUGGCCUUGCUGUCAGCAACCGUGGCAGCUGUGCCCAUCCCAGGUCUGUCCAUGGCGGUGGAUGUCACCAUCCUUGUCAUUGAGCUCAUCAAGUAUUACAAGGCUUUUGACCUGGAUGAUAAGUCCCUGGAAACUCUCUCUAACAAAACAAAUGUGCCGGUGAAGGAGCUGAAGGCAGUCCAGAAAUCCCCCUUCAACAAGGAGAUAUCGGCCAACGUGGUCAUCAAAUUGCUGACCAAAUGUGCUGGGGCAGGGCUGAUGUUGCUGGAGUACUGGGUCAGCACAAUCCCGGUGUUGGGCUCCAUGGCAGCCGGGGGGAUCUCGUUCGCCACCAUUCACAGAAUGCUGACGACCAGCUUGAAUGAGCUGGCAGAUGACGCACACAAUGUCCUGAUUACAGCUUUGCAGCAACACAUUGUGUGACACAACCAGGGCUCAUUUUUCACCAGUUCAACUGCUUUUGGGUUAGUGGGCUUUUGAUCUUUUUAUAUCAUAUGCAGUAGAAAAUGCAUAUAUCUUCAAUAUAUAUUUUUUAUAUUCUGCAUUCAAUCACAGUUCUCCAUGGGUUUUCACAGGAAUUGAACUUUAGAAAUAUGUAUACUGUACAGUGUCAUAAAAAAGUAAUUGCCACUUACAGAAUUAUUCUAUUAUUGUGUAUCUGUCACACUGAAUGGUUUAUACAAAAUGCAUUAGACCAAGGGAAACUGAAAAAAACACAAGACACAUUUUUAAAUUCGAAUUUCAUUUCUUUAAAGAAAUGUUAUUAAACACCCAUAUCUCUCAUGCAAAUAAGUAUUGCCCCUGUAGUAACUCAACCAAUAAACCAAAUUUAAUUGAUAAUUACAUUCAGCUGGUUGAACACAGCCAAGCUUGAUUGCAGCCUGCCCUGUUGAAUCUUAACCUCACUCAUAUUGAACUUUACCAUCAGAGUGAACAAGUUAGCUUUUAUUUCAUCGUUCUUACAUGCUUAUGUAUUUUAGCAUUUUACAGAAACUACUGCUUUUGUAUUUUUGUCUCAAAUGCAAGUACCUUAUGUAUUAAAAUUCAGUCAUUCCCAUUACCUUUUGGAGGGUGUUAAAUUUUUAUUUUAUUCCUUACAAAGAGCAUUUUUACCUGUUAAGUAGCAGCAUUGGGGAAAUAAGUUUCUUUGAGGUGGUGUGCUAUGUGGGGACACUCACCAGUUCUUCUUCGUGACGAUGGUGUGAGAGAGCUGGCAGCGAGACAUGGCCAGGACCUGGCUGCGCAGCUUGGAAGCCAGCGAGGAGAAGUUGGGGUCAGAGCCAUUGCAAUGAAAAUUGUCAGGUUGUGGGAAAGAUGCAAUACCUGCUUCAGUGUUCUUGGAUGGUCACCUAAUACAAUCAACCUAAUAUAAUCAACCUAACUCAAUUAUCAAGGGGGGGUUAGACCCAAAGCCUCAUGGAGAUGGAACCACCAGGGUGAGGCCAGAGUAAUUAAUGGGUGUGAUAGGGGUUGAUUAGCAUACCUUGGUGACAUUGACCAUUAGGUUACCAUCCUCACAACAUACAUAUGUAACAAUGUCGAUUUGUUUACCUGCCACCCAAUCAGGUACAGGAACCUGCAUUUUAUUUUAUUUCAGAUGUGGGGUAUAAAAGCUUGUAAACACUAUUUUGUAAUUGACCUGCUUUGCAUUUACCCGGUAUGUUGGAUACUGUAAAUAGAUACAAUUUUUUUGCUUUAUUAUUAAAAUUAUUAAAUUGCUAUUAACCUAAA